AUGGUGAGCACUCGCCGCGCUGGUGAGGGUGGUGCCAAGAAGGCUCCUGAUAAGCCUGGGCUCCCAAAGAAGGGAAAUGUCGCUACUGGGCUCCCAAAGAAGGGACGUGUCGCUACUGGUCGUGUCGAAAAGCAGCCCGUCGCGCCUCCUAAGAAGCCAAGAGUCACUACCGGUAAGGACCACGCCCCUGCCAAUACUCCUUCUAGCGAUGAGGACAGUACUGGUUCCGAGACUGGUAGUGACUUGGAGCAACUUGGUUCUGGCCAGUCUCUCGCAAAGAACCCUGUUGCUACUAGUAACAUUCGACGGUCCGAUCUUCCUCUCCUGGCUGCUCCUGGUCCUAACCAGGUAGCACGUGUUACCGCUGCCGUCGAUCAGAACCCGGAAAGGUGUGUGAGUCUGCGUCAGGAUUUCGAUGUGAAGUGGAUUUGCCGUUGCGCCGAGGAGGACCACAAGGACACCCGCUACACCGAAUUUCCUCGAUCUGGACCAGUUGCUAUUCCCCCGUGCGCAGUUGUCUGCCCCUACUGCGCCUACUGUCCCGGCCUGAAAGCCACAGUUGGCACAGCUACUGGUAGAGGUGGCAGCAUCCGAAAGCACAUUGAGAAACAGCAUGUGAAUGAGGACACUUUCCUCGGCCUUUAUGUGGUCUCUUUGAAGGAUAGUAAGGGUUGGUUCAACUGGAAGCCUCCUGGCCGGACCGGCUCUAUGACUGCUGUUACCCCUGCUCCCGUGCCUGCGACUACUCCUACGCCUACAACUACUGAUCCCGGACCUGCGCCUAUCCCUGUGGAUGAUAAUGAUGAUCCUGAUAUGGAGCUUUUCCCUGAUGUCCCUAGUUAG